AUGUUUAAAAGUAUAUCAAGAAAAACAAUACCCAUUUUUGCUUUUGGUUUAGGUUUAGCUAUAUUUCCUAAAGAAUGGAGAAAGACAAGUUGGAAUGAUAAAAAGAUCAAUCAUAUAAAUGAAUCAAUAGUAUCUCAAAUUGAACAAAGUAACGAAUUUAAAAAAUUACAAGCAAAUAAAGAUUUAAUUGUUUAUAAUUCAUCAUCUUCAUUUCCAAAUCAACAUCAUGAUAAUUAUGUAGGUACUGGUUUAUUAUUUGGACCUAAUUUAAUGGAAAUUGAUCCAAUUGUAUUUUUAGAUAAACGUGGAGAAUUAACUAGUUUUUAUUAUCUUGGAGAUGAAUUAAUUAGUCAAGAUGGUCAAAUUCAUAAUGGUAUUAUAUCAACUAUACUUGAUGAAGGUAUUUGUUCUGCUGGAUUUCCGUUAUUACCUUCAAAAAAGGGAGUUACUGCUCAAUUAUCAAUUAAUUUUAAAAAUCAAGCACCUCCUAAAAGUACAUUAAUGUUAAAAGCAAAAGUUAAACAACAUAAGGGUAGAAAAGUUGUUAUUGAAGGUGAAUUGACUACAUUUCCACUCAAUGGAGAAAAAAGUAUAGUUAUUGCUAAUGCUGAUUGUAUAUUGGUAGAACCAAAAUGGUUUAAAUGGUUUAGAUGGUUGCAAGUGUAA